AUGGUACGGUGUCUCUUUGGCGGCGCCAAGUCGGCCCCCGUCCCGCUGCCGGGCGAUCGGGUCGUCCCCAUGAACUCGCUCGACGACAACGCGCUCGUGCACAACACCACGUUGGUCGUGUCGUUUGUCUUUGAUGCCCUGCUCGAUCCGGAGAAGCUGCGCGAUUCACUAGAGAGUCUCAUCAAGCGCGACGGCUGGCAGAAGCUGGGCGCCCGCAUCAGAUAUAAUGGAGCAACAGGCCGGCACGAAUGGCACAUACCCGCCGAGUUCACCCCGGCGCGGCCGGCCGUGGCCUUUUCGGCUCACCAACACGACGCGCCCUUCUCGGAGCACCCGGCCUCGUCGCAGAUCAAGAGGCCGGACCCGGCCAGCGACAGGCCCCAGCUGAUCAGCGACCCGCUCGCGCUGGCCGACCUCUCCUGGGGCGGCUCGUACCGCCCCAGCGGCAUCGGCGACUGGUACGCCGACCCCGCCGAGGACCGGCCCGUCAUGGCCCUGCGCGUGCACACCUUUGCCGGCGCCACCACCAUGGUCUGCCUGCAGUGGCAGCACGUCGCCAUGGACAUCAUGGCGCUCAGGGAGCUCUGCCAGGCCUGGAUGGCGGUGCUCGCGGGCCGCCACGACCAGGUCCCCGUCCCCUUUGGCGCCGACGCUGAUCCCUUUGAGCCCCUGGUCACGGGCAGCCGGCAGGCUGCGGAGGCGCACGUGCUGGACGGCAGACAGGCCGGCAUGUUUGGUCUGUUCAAGUGGAUGAGCCGCUACGCGUACGACAUGCUGGCCCGGAAGCACGAGUGGCACGUCCUGUGCCUUCCCAGGGGCUUUUGGCAGCCGAGGCUGGAGGCGGCGGUCGAGGCGCUGCGGGAGGAGGCCAAGGCGAGGGGCGAGGAUCCCGGCGAGGUGUUUUUGUCCGAAGGCGAUAUACUCCUCGCGUGGAUCGUGCGGUGUCUUCUUGUGCCCAAGAAACUGAAGCCUAGCACUACCGUCGUCAUCAUGUUCACCAUGAACAUGAUCAAAGCCUUCCAAGGGGACAUAUUCCCGCCAGCCAGCGAAGACAGGCCGUACAUUGGCAACGCCUUCUCGUACUGCAACGUCCUGCUCAAGGCGAGCGACGUCACCGAGGGGCGUCUGUGCGACGUGGCGGUACAGAUACGGCGGGCCAUCGCGGCGCAGGGCACGCGGGGCCAGCACGAGGCGUACUUUGCCAUGAGGAGGAACUCGCGGCUGCCCUUUCCCAUGAUCUUCUUUGGCGCCAACGACAUGCUGCACCUGUCGUCUACAAACUGGUCCAAGGCGGACCUUUUCCAGCUGGAUCUCGGCCCGGCGCGCGUUGGCGACGGCGGUGGUGGCGACUCUGACGGCGCGCCUGCUUCUUGCAAGCCGUGGUAUGCCCAAGGGCUCAGCAGUCCCAUCAGCCCCCCGGAUUGUUUCACGAUUCAGGGCAAGGAUAGCCGUGGCAACUAUUGGCUCGAGGCGCCGAUGGUCGUGGGAAAGUGGGAUGAAUUCAUGGCUUUUGUGGACAAGGAGCUCGACAGCCAUGUCAUGUCAUGA